AGCAAAAUUCGGCUGGGAGCGCGUGGCGUUUUGCGCGGCUGUGGGCCCCGCAGCUCCAUGGACUCGGAAGCAUCCACGGGCAUGGAGUCGGGCGAUGAGAGCUUGGAGGCCCAGUUGCUACGGGAGCAGCGCCGCGCGGACAAGGCGGAGGCAAACGCUCAGCUCCUGGCAGCGCGGGUGAAGCAGCUGGAAUCCGAGUUGGAGAAGGCCAAGCAAAAGCAGCAGAAGGACUGUGACGGAGAGCUGGCAAAAGCCCAGCAAGAAUUGCUGAUGGAGAUCCAGAAGCGGAAGGCUGUGCAGUACGAGCUUAUUUGCAGCGGCCAGCACCUCUGCGAUCUCCAGCAGAAGGUCCACCAGCAGGAGCAGCAGCUUCACACCCUCGGACAGAAGAGGCCAAGCCUCGACAAGGACGCGUUGUUGGCUCCUUGGAGGAGUGUGGCGGUGGCGCCUGCGCGUGAGAUGACAGUCCCGGAGUUUGGGGAGAAGGCACCUUCGCGGCUGAGGCCGCCGGAGACUUCUCCGCAGGCAAGCACCGCGGGCAGCCCCUUGACCGCGCGCAGCAACAGUACCGCCUCAGGCUUCGCCAGCCCACGAGACAGGCUUUCACAGACGGCGAAGGACGUUUGCUUGACGCCAGCAGCGCCGCUGCCGCCAUUUUGGCCAAGGCCAAUGGCCAGCCCGGAUCUGCGGCCCACCCGUGUCAUUCAGACACCGACUCCUGCCUGCCGUUUCUCGCCUCGGCGCCGGGGCGAAGGUGCGGUGCAUGUGCAGAGCUACUUUCUUCACAAGAGUGGAAGCUACGCAGCUCCAGCCUACAGCAGCUACACUGCAGCUCCGGGGCGAUGAGGCCACCGCGGCGGGCUGCAUACAGCUGACCGUUUUGGCGCACCCAUCGACCCGGACGAAUCCAGAAAUCGAUACGUUCUCUGCCUUUUUUUCUGGCGCUCAGGGUUGCUCCGAGC